AUGAGCCAGGAUAAUCAACAUAGACGAUCGCGCCGUCUGUCCAUUACCCAGCAUCUACAGCGCAUGUUCCAUGGCGACAGACCCAAGGAGAAUGAUGCCGCCCACGUCUCCCCAGACAAUGAGCUCGCCGACGCCCCAUCCCGAUCAAGCGCAGGGAACACAGAGCACACAAUUCGCGGCGAAGAUGCCAAUCACAGAUCGAGCCAUGUCAGCCCUCUGGAGCCCAAUUCAACCUCCCACCCCUCAAGAUCCAAACUCUCCGUCCACCAUAACCCAGAAGACACCUCGAGACCCUCGUCCGGACAAUCCACUCCACAGCCCCCGCGCCUCCGUCUAGACACUCCAUCAGCCGCAGCCGAGUCGCCGACUCGACCCGAGAUCUGUGUCUCUCCAACAUGGCAGAAGAACCCCGUGCGGAAGAGCGAGCGGCGCGCUACAAGGCGAUUGGAGGCAGAGAGACUGGAGCUGGAGAAACGAUUACUCCGACUUGAACGCGCCGAAAUGUCCGAUGGCUCGGUGAAUCCCAGGCGCGAGCCACGGCGUCUGACAAAGAAGCAGCCGCUGGAGAGCUCGAGCAGGACGUCGAGUGUGGGUGCGGACGAGUCAAGGGCCUCGCGGCUUUCCUCUGUGUUCUCGAGGCGCUCGUCGCGAUCGCGAUCCCGCUCGCGAUCGAGCUCAGUUAAUGACGAGAAAAGACAUUUCUCGAAACGCUGGUCAAUCGACCGGGUGGAUCUGCUGAAGCAGGAUCGAACGCCGCAGCCGCCCUCUUCUGCUCUUCCUGUGACGUUGCCCGAGCGGUUUGGGAAUGUAAUUUCCAAGGAGCUGACUGUUAAGCCGCAUGGGCUGCCUGCGCAGGACACCCGCGCCAGGGUGGUCUCAGAUGCAUCUGAGGGGAGUCCAGAACGUCUAGGUGUUGAUAAAUCCAACGAUUUCACUCAACUGGGGUCUACGGAAAGCCCAUCUACUCCCAGUUCCGAGAACAUGGAGCGAAAUGCGCAAAAUGCAGACAACUCGAAACAGUUGAAGGAAUUGGACCGUACGUCCUUUGCGGCAACGCUGAAUCUUGACAAGAGAACUAUGGAUGCAAAACAGAAGUACAGAACCGCACCCCACAUCGAACCCUUCGACAGCAGAAAAACAACAACCGAAGCUGGACCAAAGGUGGUGGAAACAAACUCGGCGAUUCCAAAAUCCCCAACCGCUCUGCAGAGCGCCCAUCGUGUAUCGAGCGGAAGUGUCCAGUCUUCCCCGGCUGUUUUACCGUCGGGGGCUCCGAAUACGCAGAGGGCGUUUGGCCCGAGACAUCAGAAACGCUUUACUUCAUCGCCGCUCGCGAGUCCAGCUACAUUUAGCAGUGACGUUGAUACGACUUCGAGUGACAACACGCAACGUGUACAAAAUGAGAGCAUUUCGGACAAGUCCCUCCCAAACCAACAAACAUCCCGUCGACUUCGUUCUCAUAGACUGGCGAACGGGGGUCCAGAGAACAAGAAAGCCGCGAGCACGCAAUCCGAAGGACACCGGUUUUACAUGAGACCAUGGAAGCAUACAGACACGAAACGCAAGUCAGCCGUAGGUGAGAGCGCUCCGACCAAACCCACGCCACCGGUGACGCGGAAUCGCGACUCCGAACAAGCCGUGCAACCCCAUUUCAAGCCUCCGAUGGCAUCGCCAAAUAGUGUAUCCCCUGCUUUAUUGGAGCAGCGGUCAAAGGGGACACACUCAGGCAAAGAGCCAUCCUUGAAGGAGCUCAUUGCUACUAUGGGAGAUGCUAGCUUGGAUCCCGGGGAUAGGUCUCGACCAUCAGAAACUCCCUCUGGGAAGCAUCCAAUGAAUCAUCAUGCGAGGGGCUCCUCGAAGGUCUCGUUGUCGACGAAGUCUUCUCAAGAAUCGGUGGAUUACAACACCGCGGAUGAGGCGCCCUCGGGGGGUUCUCAUCAUGAACACGACGAUGUCAGUCCGUCUGAUCCCACGUUUAUGACCGGAGGUCUUCAAGGCCCUGGCAAACCGGAUGACCAUGCAGCAUCGCACCAUGCAAACGGUGUCAAGCUACGACAACCUGGCAAGGACUUGAGGCAACUACAACAGGGUCAGGUGGUUGCAAAGCUGUUCGUGGUCUGUUGUCAUUGUAGCUUGUGGCACGAUAUGCCAUCUGAAGUAUACGCUAGAUUGGCCUUUCCUGGCGGUGCCCCUUCUGUUCCUACGGAAGAUGGCCCAAGCGCUGGGUCGUCCAGCGUCCGACCCAACUACGAACCGGGUGAUCGGAAACGGUCCCUCGCAAAGUCUCCUGGCCAGAGGGAAAAACCAGGUAUGGAUCCCAGGAAGGGCAUACCUCCUCCGUCUGUGGUGAAAUGUUGUUGGUGUGAGCAUAAGAUGAGCAAAUUAUGUUGUCAGGGGUGGACGACUGUUGUUCAGAUGCGCGAACGGCAUCACUAG